CCGGACACCGCAGGGUAAUAAACACAAGGCGCAUUUUUCGUGCUUUGACCCUCCGUUCCUACUGAACGUUUUUCAGGUCUCUUACAAAAAGAAGACAUGACCUUGUAGUGCCCAUCGCUGCUCAAGAGAAAACAUGUCAGGAAACAGCCUGGUGUUGCCUAUAGUGCUGUGGGGCCGCCAUGCACCCACACACUGCAUCUCCAGCCUCCUGGUGAUGGACGACCUGGCCACCAUUAUUACAGGCUGCCAUGAUGGGCAGAUUUGCCUCUGGGACCUGACACCUGAUCUAGAGAUCAGCCCCCGGGCCUUGCUUUUUGGACACACCGCCUCCAUCACUUGCUUGUCCAAGGCCAGCGCAGGGAGUGACAAGCAGUAUAUUGUCAGCGCUUCAGAGAGCGGAGAGAUGUGCUUGUGGGAUGUGAGCGACGGACGCUGCAUUGAGUUCACCAAGUUGGCCUGCGCCCACACAGGGAUACAGUUUUACCAGUUCACCAUUGGAACCCAACGUGAAGGACGGCUGCUCUGCAAUGGACAUUACCCAGAGAUCCUUGUGGUGGAUGCCACAAGCCUGGAGGUGCUGUACUCCCUGGUGUCCAAGAUCUCCCCGGAUUGGAUCAGCUCCAUGAGCAUCAUUCGGUCACAUCGCACCCAAGAAGACACAGUGGUUGCAGUGUCAGUCACUGGCAUACUGAAAGUGUGGAUCAUCACAGCUGAUGUCAGCAAGAUGCAGGACACAGACCCCGUGUUUGAAGAGGAGUCCAAGCCCAUCUACUGUCAGAGCUGCCAGAGCAUCUCCUUCUGCACCUUCACACAGCUCUCUCUGCUGGUUGUUUGCUCCAAGUACUGGAGGGUGUUUGAUGCGGGCGACUACUCCCUUCUGUGCAAUGUGCCCAGCGAGAAUGACCAGGCCUGGACCGGUGGAGACUUCAUAGCAGCUGACAAGGUCAUCAUCUGGACUGAGGAUGGCUGUAGCUACAUCUACAAGCUUCCAGCCAGCUGCCUUCCGGCCAGCGAGCACUUCCGGAGCGAUGUUGGGAAGACUGCAGAGGGCUCCAUCCCCCCUUUGGUGUACAGCAUCGCUGACCGUGCAGACAAACUGCUGCUGAUCUGCCCCCCGGUGACCCGGUUCUUCUAUGGCCGACGGGAGCCGUUUCACAAGCUGCUGGUGCAGGGGGAUUCUGCGGGGCGCCUGUCCCUCUGGAGCAUCCCGGACACCUCACCCCUGCAGCCAUUGUCCACUGCCGCAGAACUCCAGGUGUCGUCCACCAUCAGUCUGCAGGAAGCUUUUGACAAGCUGGCGCCCCGGGCUGCGGGCAUCAUCGACCAGCUGAGCGUCAUGCCAGGCUCAGAGCAGCCCAUUAAAGUGACGGCCAGCGUGUACAUUCCGGCACAGGGACGACUGGUAUGCGGCCGUGAGGAUGGCAGCAUCGUGCUGGUUCCUGCCACGCAGACGGCCAUCGUGCAGCUGCUGCAGGGAGAGCACAUGUCGCGCAGAGGAUGGCCUCCUCACCGCACCCUCAGGGGACAUCGCAACAAGGUCACGUGCCUAUUGUACCCCCAUCAGGUGUCUCCUCGCUAUGACCAGCGCUCCCUGGUGUCAGGUGGCGUGGACUUCUCUGUCAUUGUGUGGGACAUUUUCACUGGAGAGAUGAAGCACAUCUUCUGUGUCCAUGGUGGGGAGAUUACUCAGCUCCUGGUGCCACCAGAGAACUGCAGCACACGUGUGCAGCACUGCGUGUGCUCCGUUGCCAGUGACCACUCUGUGGGGCUCCUGAGCCUGCGAGAGAGGAAGUGCAUCAUGCUGGCAUCACGUCACCUCUUUCCCAUCCAGGUGAUCAAGUGGCGCCCCUGCGAUGACUACCUUGUGGUGGGCUGCUCGGAUGGCUCCGUCUAUGUGUGGCAGAUGGACACAGGGGCCCUGGACCGCUGCGUGAUGGGCAUCACGGCUGUAGAGAUCCUGAACGCAUGCGACGAGGCCGUCCCAGCUGCCGUGGAUUCCCUCAGCCACCCUGCUGUUAACCUGAAGCAGGCCAUGACCCGGCGCAGCCUGGCAGCUCUCAAGAACAUGGCCCAGCACAAGCUGCAGACGCUGGCCACCAACUUGCUGGCCUCCGACAACGCAGACAAGGGCAACCUGCCAAAGUACUCCCACAAUUCCUUGGUGGUGCAGGCAAUGAAGACGAACCUGACGGACCCAGACAUGCAUGUGCUCUUCUUCGACGUUGAGGCAGUGAUCAUUCAGCUGCUUACCGAGGAGGCUCAGCGACCCAACCCCACGCUGGUGUCCCCUGAGACGCUGCAGAAGGCCCAGGGCAGUGCCGACAAGGGUGGCUCCUUCCUGGCAGGCAAGAUUUUCAAGCAGGUCAAAGAGACUAUCAAGGAAAACAUCAAGGAGCACCUACUGGAUGAGGACGAAGAUGAGGAGGAGGAAAUGCGGCGACGGGAAGAGAAGUCCAAGUCUAUAAGCCUCCUGGAGUACAACCUGACCAUGGACACUGCUAAGCUCUUCAUGUCAUGCCUCCAUGCUUGGGGACUGAACUCAAUGCUGGACGAGGUGUGUUUGAAUCGUCUGGGCAUGCUGAAGCCCCACUGCCCCAUCUCCUUUGGCCUGCUGUCACGUGGUGGCCACAUGUCACUCAUGUUGCCCACUUUUAAAGAGUCCAUGCUGCGCCAUAUGGCCACGGGUCGCAAAAUGUCAGUUUCAGAGAUUGUGGGCAAGGGCACGUACGGCGUGUCACGGGCCGUCACCACUCAGCACCUGCUCUCCGUCAUCUCGCUGGCCAAUACCCUCAUGGGCAUGACCAAUGCCACCUUCGUGGGGGAGCACAUGAAGAAGGCCCCCGCCAGGCCUCCUAGACCUGGCACCCCGGAGACUCCCAAAAAGCAGCCCUCCCAGGUUUCCAGCUCGGCUGUGCAAGGACAGAUCAAACAAGCUGCUGCUGUUGCUGCUACCAGCACUACCGCACCUGGCUCUGGGGCUAGUCACUCUGGCCCUGCUUUCCAUUCCUGUCUCUCAGUCAAUGAAGGGUGGAGCCAGCUGGCUGCCAUGCACUGCGUCAUGCUCCCAGACCUGCUGGGCCUCGACAAGUUCCGCCCACCGCUGCUGGAGAUGUUGGCCCGCCGGUGGCAGGACCGUUGUCUCGAGAUCAGGGAGGCUGCCCAGGCUUUACUGCUGGCGGAGCUGCGGAGGAUUGGACAAUCGGGUCGGAAGGACACCAUUGACCUGUGGGCCCCCUAUCUGCCUCAGUAUGUGGACAGCGUCAGCUCUCCUGGAACAGCUACGGAGAAUGCUCAGCCGGCCCCUCCUCCGCCAGAAGUCCAGCCUACUGAAGUCAAGGCCCCCGAGGAGGAGAUUGAUGCCGCUGAUGAUGACAUCACUGCUGGCUGCCUCUCCAGUCUGCCGCCAAAUGCGAAGAAGAUCUCCAACUCCUACGAAGAGCGACGCAAGCAAGCCACAGCCAUCGUCCUGCUUGGGGUCAUCGGGGCUGAAUUCGGUGCUGAGAUCGAGCCCCCCAAACUGCCCUCCAGGGCCCGCACCAGUGCCCAGGCACCGGACGGCUUUGGACUGACCACUGGCGGGUCUAACUACUCUCUCGCCAGGCAUACAUGCAAAGCUCUGACGUUCCUGCUCCUCCAGCCCCCCAGCCCCAAGCUGCCCCCCCACAGCACGAUCCGCCGCACGGCCAUCGACUUGAUCGGUCGCGGCUUCACGGUGUGGGAGCCCUACAUGGACGUAUCGGCGGUGCUGAUGGGCCUGCUCGAGCUGUGUGCCGACGCGGAGAAGCAGUUGUCCAACAUCACAAUGGGCCUGCCUCUGAACCCCGCGGCCGACUCGGCCCGCUCUGCUCGACAUGCUCUCUCGCUCAUCGCCACGGCCAGGCCUCCGGCCUUCAUAACCACCAUCGCCAGGGAGGUGCACAGGCACACGGCCCUGCAGGCCAACACCCAGUCCCAGCAGAAUGUCCACACCACCACUCUGGCACGGGCCAAGACAGAAAUCCUACGUGUCAUCGACAUCCUCAUCGAGAAGAUGCCCACUGACGUUGUGGACCUGCUCGUUGAGGUGAUGGACAUCAUCAUGUACUGCAUUGAAGGAUCCCUGGUCAAGAAGAAGGGCCUGCAGGAGUGUUUUCCAGCCAUUUGUAGGUUCUAUAUGGUGGGCUAUUGCGACCGGAGCCACCGGAUUGCAGUCGGGGCGCGCCAGGGAUCGGUGGCCCUCUAUGACGUUCGCACUGGAAAAUGCCAGCAUAUUCACGGACACAAGGGGCCCAUAACCGCAGUGUCUUUUGCUCCCGAUGGGCGCUACCUGGCCACCUACUCAAACGCAGACAGCCACAUCUCCUUCUGGCAGAUGAACACCUCGUUGCUAGGCAGCAUCGGCAUGCUCAACUCCGCCCCUCAGCUGCGUUGCAUCAAGACGUACCAAGUCCCCCCGGUGCAGCCCGCGUCACCUGGGUCUCAGAAUGCCCUGAAGCUGGCUCGCCUCAUCUGGACCUCCAACCGCAACGUCAUCCUCAUGGCCCACGAUGGCAAGGAGCACCGUUUCAUGGUCUGAGACGGAACCCCCCAACCACAAUGACCCCUCACGUUAGGAAGCAGUGAAAGCUGUGCUUUAUUUGCACUCUACUCAGUUGUUUACAUGUAUCCGUUCCUUCUGUUGGUUUUUGCUUCUUUGUAAUUAUUUAAUGGGAAAAAAUGACUUAAUUCUAUUCGAAGUCUUUCCAUGCACCUGAGUUGCUAGACUUGCAUAUGAAAUUAUCGUGCGAGUAUCUCUGCGGUCAGUUAGUGUUUACUGUAUAUUUGUUUUAUAUUCUUGUGGAGCAUGCUUUUAUUGGUUAUCUGCAGUGACAGAAAUGAUAGGCGGGCCGGUUGCACCGCUUGCAACAGACUCUGUGGAAUGUUUUCUUUCAAAGGAUGUGCUGCUUUUUCUCGGGAGUGCCCACUCUCCUCGUGCACCAAAACGUGUCCCACGUAGGUCUUACCACAAAAUCGUAUCAUAUCAUACCCAAUGAAAAAUCUUUAUGAAUGCUUUUUGUUGUAGCUUAUAGUUGUUCUGAGUUGUUUGUAUGGUUGCUUUUCAUUGGCUAUGGGGUAAAAUAGUGUAACAGGUAUUGUAAAUGUAUAAAUUGCCACCACCACCAGUCUGUCAGGCAUUCACCAAGAGGAAGGCUUGAAAGUACCGAAUAUGGAUAUUCACUUGUAGAUAAUACUUUAGAGUAAAAUACAGAAUUAUAUUUUAAAGAGUUCUUUAAUAUAUUACCAUGAAUACGGUACCAUUCCCGAAGCUUGACUCCACUAUCCUGCGGAGUUUAAAGAAGCACCCAGUGGAUCCAACCUACUGAUGAUUGGCACUUGUGAUGCUCCUCGCUGAGAUGUUCCUUCAUCUUCAUCCUGCAUCUCUUUCGGAUACUAAGGCACGUCCGCAAGCUGAAGCGUUUCUCUGCUUUUCGAAUUUUUUUUUGCAAGUUUUACAAAUAUAGCUAUUAUUUAUUAACGUAUAAUAAAUUCCUCAGAAAAUAUUAAAGCUGCUUGAGAGCGUUGACUUCCAUAUCAAACACCCUUUUGCCCCCGUAUUUGUACCGAUUCCAGAAGAAUGUGAAAAAUAUGGCUAAAACGGGAGACUGUGGAAGAGAGUGAGACUUCAGGGAGUAGUUCCUAAUUGAAUGUCGUUCUGUGAUUCAUUCAAGCUCGAAACCAUCAUCAACGGGUCAGUGGGGCUCUGCUGUCUGUGUGUAGUUAUUAUGGUGGCGCUGUGCUGUACUUGCCUGGGUAGCUGUGUGCGGGCGAGGGUGGCCUGCCUUGCGCCGCUGUCCUGUUGUGAAUCUGCAGAGCUGCUGAGAGGGGCGACACCGCAGUCCUACUCACUUUUUUGCCACCAAGCUCUAGCCGACAUUGUCGCUCGAUAGUCUUUCACAUCAGCGGUCCGUUUUGUGCACGGUAUUGAAAAAAAUUGGUGCGACUCAAAGGCGGUUACAGAAUGCGUUAAACAUUCACUUCGCUGCUGUGCGGAAUGGCCCUAUUUUGAGCAUGUUAACUCUGCGCUAUGGGCCGUCUUACUGGUCGCUCCCAUUGUAGUAGAAAAACCUGCUAUUUAAUCCACUUAGUCUCUCUACCUAGUCAACGGGAAAUGACGGAGCCAUUCCCUCAAAAGCUGUUGGCGCCCCCCUCCCGGAAUGGUCCCAGGUCGACCGUUGGCAAAGCCUACAUCCUGUUGCUGGAGAGACAUUAUAUACUGUAGACUGCUGAUUAAGAUCUUCUACUUUAUGCUUAUUAUCAAUACGUGGGCUUGUUAGGUUUACCGAUCUCCUUGAGUCGUAACAGAAGAUUAUUAUUCACAGACAUUGGCAGUUUUUAACCGAAAAAAAAAAAAAGACUUUAGCGGAACUAAUCCACAUACGACAAAGUAAAUAAGGUGAGCACCAGAUUGCCAUCAUGGAUUUGUUUCCCAGCUCUCACCGACUCAAUAGCUGUUAUUGUACAUCAAGGAUUGUGUUUCCUCCCUGACUUACGGCCCGCUUGUAUGGUCCUCUUCUCACGCUAGUCUUCUGAUGAAGGUUAAAGACAUAAACAUCAGGGUAACGAAUUGACUUUGUUUGGCUACAUUGCAAUCAAGAGAUUUCAGGCCAGAAGCUUAAUUUCUCUGGCACUUUCAUUUCUAACAUUUUUCACAGCUGCCAGCUGCUUGCUUAACACCCGAUUGGGGCAGCAACUGGAAGCUGGGAAUUCUCCCUAGCAGAUGAUAGAGGAACCCAAACAAAUACUAUAUUCCCGUUUUGACUUCAUCUGGAAUUUAUAUGUGUGUUUCGGUUUGAGAGCCAUCCAAGUGGUGUGUUGAUGUUUUUCUGGUUCUCGCUGGGAAACCCAAUAAAAACUUUAAUUUUGGUAAGGCUUCAGGGGAUAAAAGGUGAUGUAGGACAGUUGCAAUGGAUGCUUGGAUUUUGCAUAUUCUCAGUAGAACAUGGAUUUUGUUUAACUAGUGAGCUGUGUUUUUUGAAACGAGAUGCCUUGUCUCCCAGUUCUUGUCAGAAAAACAUAUCAACACUUGAGCAUCAUAUCCAAGACGCACACCUUGCACUGUGCAUUUGCUCCUACUCCCUGAUCCUCACUCAUCCUAUAACUUCAUGUCUCUUCCAUUCCUGCUCCAUCUCUGUCCUAUCUAUGCUUCAAAUUGUCUGCCUUGAUCAAAGAUUGACUUUCUUUGGCAGCUUCUGCGGAAUCCAUGGCUGGUGGUUCAGUGAAGAAAAAAACUCUUACAGCUCCCUCAGAUCACAGCAGUUUGCCUCCAUGCCACAGCUGAAUUUAUUGCUGAAUCUCACUGGUGACACUGUAAUUUACAUUGCCCUUCUGUAACUAGAUAUGCAACAAAAUUUGUUCGGAGCUUAUUUUUACGAGACUUGUUCUUUAGUGAUGCCAGAGAGAUGAUAUGCUGUUGUAGCCAUGGAAGGUGUCUAUACUGUACCUGAAAGCUUUGUGUGACUGUGUGUGUAUCUGUGCCACCGUUUACUUACAUUUAAUGAACGUGUACCGUAAAGGCUGUGUUGUGUGUAUGGCUCUGUGUUCAAUAAAAUGAAGUG